UUGGAAAAAGAUGAAGAAUUUUUAAUAAAAUUUGAAGAGUUGAACAAAAUAAUGAAAAAUAUGAAUCAUGAAGUAGCAAAUAUACAUACUGAUGCUGUUUAUAUAAAUAGAUCUAUCAAUUAUAAUGCUAAAAGUCUUGAAAGCCUUGAGGAUAAUGCACUUUCCAAAUAUAUAAAAAGCUAA